CGGGGACCGAGAAGGAAGGAAAGAGACCCUGACUUUUGGAACUCUGAAGACCAGGGUUCAUCUGUGCUCCUUGCUGCUGUGAGAUCUUGGGCAGGGACCUCUCACCUCUCAGCCUUAACACACUUUCCUGUGAAAUGGGGACUGUGGCCAUCCCUUUGUCUGAGUCACUGUGAGUGAGGACACAAUGGCCCAGUGGUUGUUGUGAAACAUCCUUGUCCUGCAACGUCAUCUAUAGGGACGCCCUUUUGCAGGUUCUCCCGGGGCCUUGUGAUUCCCAGGGCACACAUCCGUCCCACGUGAGACACCAAGGACACAGGCAGCAUGAACUGGGGAUUUCUACAGGGGAUCCUAAGCGGGGUAAACAAGUACUCCACGGCCCUGGGCCGCAUCUGGCUGUCGGUGGUCUUCAUCUUCCGAGUGCUGGUGUAUGUGGUGGCGGCGGAGGAAGUGUGGGAUGACGAGCAGAAGGAUUUCAUCUGCAACACCAAGCAGCCAGGCUGCCCCAACGUCUGCUACGAUGAGUUCUUCCCCGUGUCCCACGUGCGCCUCUGGGCCCUGCAGCUCAUCCUGGUCACGUGCCCCUCCCUGCUGGUCGUCAUGCAUGUGGCCUACCGGGAAGAGCGGGAAAGGAAACAUCGCCGCAAGCAUGGGCCCAAUGCCCCGUCCCUGUACAGCAACCUGAACAAGAAGAGAGGCGGCCUGUGGUGGACGUACCUGCUGAGUCUCAUCUUCAAAGCCGCUGUGGACCUUGGUUUUCUCUACAUCUUCCACCGCCUCUACAAGGACUAUGACAUGCCCCGUGUGGUAGCUUGCUCUGUGGACCCCUGCCCCCACACCGUGGACUGCUACAUCUCCCGACCCACGGAGAAGAAGGUCUUCACCUACUUCAUGGUCAUCACAGCAGCCAUCUGUAUUCUGCUUAACCUCUGUGAGGUCACCUACCUGGUGGGCAAGAGAUGCAUGGAGGUCUUCGGUCCCCGGCGCCGGAAAGCCUCCAGGAGGCAGCAUCUACCAGAUACGUGCCCACCAUAUGUGAUCUCCCAAGGAGGUCACCCUCAAGAGGACACCGCUGUCCUAACAAAGGUCGGGAUGGCCACAGUGGAUGCAGGUGUGUAUCCAUGACCUGCAGGUAGGGUUACGAGGUCACUGUCUGUUCGCUCAAGCCACUGGAGAGAAUAGGCGAAGGGAGCGUGGUCUUCUGCAGCAGGUCAGGUGGGGAACAUGGCUACGGGGACUCCAGAAGGUCAUCCGAGGGCUAGCAGAAGAUGGGGAAAACUGUUGAGUCCCUAAAUCCUGAGCCUCCAGGGACUUGAUGGCUGGUGGGGAUUUUAUAUUUGUUAAUAGAGUACCUUAACCCUCCUAAUAAAUAUGAUGUUACCAGUGCUUUGUAGACAGGUGGUGUGUGAUGGGUGGAGAAAUAUGGCGGUGGUGUUUCAAGUGGGCCUCUC